AUGAUGAGCGGUCGUUUCAAUCUUAAACUGUCAUUUGUUUUAUUGUUGACACUGCACAAUUUAGCAUCUAUUGAACAUAGAGAAGAAAAAGCUUUUUUAAGCGAUUUUAAUCAAACAUUACUUAAAAAGUACGCGAGUGAGAUAAAAUCUAUGAGAAAAUAUGUGCGCCUCUAUUAUAUGAAUAUACUUGGUCAGCUUGCAUUUUAUUCUCGAAUUUAUCGAAUGUGGAUUGAACAGCCAUCCACUAUGCAUAGUAAUUUUAUAUAUUCUUUUCCACAGAUUAAUUUUUCUAAUGAUCUUCGUGAAGUAUGCAUUCAAGGGUUUAAGUUAUGCAUUGAUAGUAUCUGGAAUGAUAUUAAAAAGCGCAAUGUAUUUCUUUUUACAUCCGUUAUUUAUGAUGAAUUUAUUAUAAGGAAGAGUGAAAUUCGUCGAUUAGUUCACCAUGAAAUGUUUGACUAUGAUUUUUCUGCUAUUUAUUUGUUGUGCUGGAUGACAAUGAAUAGUAUUAGCAUUCUGGAAAAACUACCAUAUUGCAACAUUCAACCAAUUGUUACAUCCGUUUCAGACGAAAUUACGGAAAAUGAAGGAGCGAAUGAAAAAGAGUAUAUUUGGCCUAGUCGAGCGUUAGCCAGAAAUUUAACAUUCAAUCAAAUUACGCAUAUAACAUUAGGAUCUUUUGAUAUGGAACCUUUCCGAUGCGCAAAAUCAAGUUUUUGUGUAAAUGGUUGUAAUCUGUCACCAUGCCCAGAAAAUGGUACAUGUGUAUUGAAAUCAAAUUAUAAUGAAGAUCUUGUCGGAAUAUAUUGGAAUUUAUGGAAUGUCUCACGUGAUUGUAUCGAACCGGGAUAUAUAUUUCGAUUUGAUGUGAAUAAAUGUGUGGAUAUUAAUGAAUGCUUGUAUAUUAAUUGCGAACAAACACAUGGUGAAAAUUGGGAAUGCGUUAAUUUGAAAGGUUCUUAUAGUUGUGUAUGUAAAUUAGGAUUUAAUCCUGCAAAUAAUGGUUGCCUACCCAUACAAAUUUAUCAUGGUUUAUCAUGGAAAGGACCAGCGUUUGCUGGAGUCGAAAAAUUUUCAUCGAAAAAAACAGUUCUAAUUGUUUGCUUAUUGUUAACUGCAUGGUAA